UACAUGUCUUUUUUCCGGUCCUGAAGACUGCGUCAACACUUCAGCUGUUCCACAAAUUAAUUUUACUCAGCAUUUCUCACAAAUUUAGAGUAAUUACCCCCUGCUAAGUGAAAAAUCUACAGAUUCAUUUUUCAAGGAAUCCACCUAACAAGCCAAAAUGGAUAAGUUUCGUAUGAUGUUCCAGUUUCUUCAGUCCAACCAAGAGUCGUUCAUGCAUGGUGUUUGUGGCCUUAUGGCCCUGGCUAGUGCUCAACUUUACUCCGCUUUUGAGUUCAACUGCCCCUGCAUGCCUGAAUACAACUACUCCUAUGGAAUUGGUGUAUUGGUAAUUCCAGCUGUUUGGUUCUUUCUGCUCGGCUUUGUCCUGAACAAUAACGUGUCUAUACUUUCCGAGGAAUGGAAACGACCUGCGGGUCACAGAGCCAAGGAUCCUGCAAUUUUGCGCUAUAUGCUUGUGUCUGUGUCACAGCGUUCCUUGAUUGCCCCUGCAGUUUGGAUUACAGUAACAUUAAUGGAUGGGAAAAGCUUCCUUUGUGCAUUUAGUGUGGACUUGGAUGUGUCUGAGUUUGUUAUUGGAAAUUUUACUGGACAUAACUUAUCGGAGGACGAGAUGUUAAUGCUGCUUGCCAAAAUUCCUUGCAAGCACAUAUUUGAUGGACAGCAUAUUUUCUCUAGAGAAGCAGCCACCAGGUAUAUACGAUGUGUGUCACAGGCAUUCGGCUGGCUCUUCCUGUUAAUCCUUACGCUAAUUGCAUUCACCGUCCGCGCCAUGCGUCCCUGCUUCAGCCAAGCUGUGUUCCUCAAAACUAAAUACUGGUCACACUAUGCUGACCUCGAGCGCAAGAUAUUCGACGAGAUCUGCGUGGAACAUGCCAAGAGUUUUGCCAAAGUCUGCAUCCAUCAGUACUUUGAGAGUGCCAGUGGGGACAUGCGCAGCUUACACGGCCAACACGGGGAUGACAGUAAAGAGGAUGAUGAUGAACAACCUAAAGAGGAAGAUAAACUGCUAGGCAUUCAUGCCCAGGAGGACAUGAAUAAAGUUUUGUGGAACUGGCAUAUAUCUAAGCCUCCAUUAAGUCUGAGAAAGCCUGGAGCCGGUGAUGAUGCCAACAAGAAAGUAAAUGGAAGCCAAAAUGGAGUGAAAACUGGCUACGACAACGUUACAUUUACCACAGAUCAAAAGGACUAUGAGGAUGGACACAUCACAUCCAGAAAUGGAAACAGCUACAUGAAUGGUAACGCUCCCAUGAACCGGCACGCCUGGAAUGACUCCCCAUCCAGCGUUAAAAAGAAAGAGUGGGCUGUAUAUUACAGCAAGGUCUGACAAUCUUAGUGGUGGAGCUGUUGCUAAAUGAUUCCAAAGCUGACAGAAAUCAGCUACACUAAAGAAAAAGGCAAAUUUAAGCCUGGGCAAAAGUUUUCAGAAGAACAAAAACCUACUAUUUCUGUUUAUUGCAGACCAAGCUGAGUUCUCAUUUAAAUAAAAUUAGAUUUAGACCUAACAUCUAUGGGAAUAUGGGAAUAUUCCUUGCUCAAACAGAACUGAAUGAAGACCUUGCAUUUGGUUUGCUUUCUGAAUCCUUUGACUACGGCUUACGAUUAUUUACUGUUCAACCAUAAACUGAACAUCUAUUGUAAGGGGAUGUGUGUAUUAUGGGGUGUUGUCCAGUAAAUGCUCUAUAGAGCACUUUCAUCUCAUCAAACAUUGUGAAGAGCAGCUAGCAAUUCGUGAACUAGUGGCAACAAAACAUCACAAUAUCUUGGAAAUCGAUCAAAGUAGUUUCUCUCUUGUUUAUACGGUAGCCUGCAGACUGUGUGUCUGUUCUGGAAGCGAGUCCGAACGCAUUUCGCUCACACCCGUCUCACUGACCCUCACCACCUCUUGCAAAGCAGGAAAGUGAGGCCAUCGUGCAGCUUUGCAUACUUAUGAAGAAACAAAAUCACCAUUUGCAUAAGUCUGCUUUUCUCAAACUUGUGAUAGAUGUUCCUUUAGAGAGAUUUAAGAUUCUUAUCAGAUUUUAGGUCUUCCUAUUCAAUUGAUUUUUACUGUUCUUAAUAGACAGUAAGCAUAUCACUAUAUUGCACAAACCCUGAUUAUAUCAUUAUAUGUAUGUUUUACUUGUUUAACAUGUUUGCCAUAGAUUACUCAAAGAAAAUGUUAGUGUGCUAUUCCUCUGGUCCCAGCAGAGGGCACAGUAAACUAUAUUCUGUCCACGUUCAUAGUACAGACAAUAUGAAUUAAAUACUAAUUAUUAGUGGAUGGACCUGGGACUAUGCAUAUGUAAUUUGAUCAUGUAUGUGCUGCCAUUCCGUGACCUGAAUGAUUUGUAUGACAGCCCAAAGGCUGUUCUUGUUUAUCCAUACAACAUAAACAAUGAAAUAUGAAUAAUUAUA